AUGGCUCCUACGAUCCUCAUCGUGGGCGCGACAGGAAACACUGGCAGAGGUGUGACCGAGACUCUGCCUUCUUUGUUGAAGGCCUCAAACAGUCUCGCCGGUCACAGGGUCCUCGCCCUGACAAGAGAUGCUAAGGGUCCCGCCGCCCAGAAGCUUGCUACAAUCUCUGGAGUCGAAGUCGUCGAACAGAACUGGACCGAAGUCACCGCCGAAUGGUUACGCCAGCACCAGGUCGUCCGCGCCUUCAUCGCAUCGCACAACGCACCUAAUCAGUUCAUCGAGGAAUCAGCCUUCCACGUCGCUGCCUUGAAUGCUGGCGUCGAGUAUGUUGUCCGCAUUUCCACUACCGCCGCCACUGUCCACCCGAACUUUGGCUCAUACUACCCACGCGCCCACUGGGCCAUCGAGGCUAUGCUCGCUACACCAGAGUUUGCCAACAUGAAGUUCACAUCUCUUCAGCCGAACGCUUACUUGGACGGCUAUCUCUAUGGCGCCGCUGCGUACAUCAAGCAAUACAAAGAGACCGGUCAGCAGGGCACUCUUAGCCUUAUGAUGGCGGAAGACACACCUGUCGCACCGAACGAUCCCAGCGAGGUUGGAGCCAUCGCGGCCCAUCUUCUUGCUGUACAAGAUCCUGGCUCUCACAACGGCGCCAAGUAUGUCAUCAAUGGUCCCAAGGAUAUUACUGGUCAACAGAUUGUGGAUAUGGUCGAGCAGCAUAUCGGUACGAAAGUGCAAGAUGUGGUUUACCAGGAUCUAAGCUUCUUGGACGGACUUGUGGCCAGCGGAUUUGGCGGGCCUGGACAGUCGAAGACUGUCAUGGCGUCCAUGAAGUAUGGUCUGAUGGUUAUGUGGGAUGGUUCCUGCAAUGCCGCAGGUACGAGCAAGGAAGUUCUCGAGAUUGGCGCACCGAAGCGCACUCCAUCCGAGAUGCUUGAUCGCUUGCUACAAUUCUAG